AUGGCGGUAGUUCCCGUGUACCUUGUCUGGGCCGUGGCCUUGGUGAUUUCAUUCGUUGUUGUCCGCGCCGUCCAUCGCAUCACAUUGCAUCCGCUGGCAAAGUUCCCUGGCCCGAAGCUCGCUGGCAUGACGUCGCUGUAUCAAGCGUGGUAUGACUUGAGACCUUCAACGUCGUACAUCAAGCACUUUCCUGCCUUGCAUGAGCGAUACGGUCCCAUUGUCCGCAUCACCCCGAAUCAGCUGCAUAUCUUCGAUAUGGCUGCGUACAAUGAGAUCUUCAAGCCCGGAACCCGCUAUGCUCGCCAGAGAGACAAUUACAACCAACCAGCCGCUGACGGGUUCUUCAACGUUCUCGACCCCAGAGUCGCCAAGCCAUGGCGAGACGCGUAUCAACCGUAUUUCGCCAAAGGUGCCAUCGUCCGCCUGGAGCCCUUGAUUCAUGACCGAGUCAAGAAAUUCCUCUCGGUGCUCGACACGGCAUCCUCGACGGGGAGUCCCGUUGACCUGAGUAUGGGCUACCGCAGCUUGACCAGUGACGUGGUGACCAGCUAUAUGUUCGCGGACAAAGGAUUCGACCUGCUGGACGCCCAAAACUUUCGAUCCCCGAUCCUGGUGGCCCUGGAGGAGUUCUUUGAAAUUGCGCCAUGGACCACAUACUUUCCCAACCUGACGGCAUGGUUAGCAAGACAGCUGCAGAGUCUUCCCGAUGAACGAAUCGCGAAAUUGAUGCCUGCUUUGGCGGCGACGAACUGGAUCACCGAGCAAUGCGGCAUCAAAGUCAAGAGAAUCCUGCAAGAAGGAGGAUCUGGAAGUUCGUUCCCGACCGUAUUUGAUGCAUGGGCCAAGCCGAGCGAGAAACGCAGGUUCAUGCCGUCGCUUAGGCAGCUCACAGCCGAUGCCUUUACGUUUCACGGUGCUGGGACCGACACGACCGCGCAUGCUCUCACAACAGCUACCUGGGGUCUAAUCAACAACAAGACAUGCAUUCAAAAGUUGCACGCCGAGUUGAAGGGAGCGAUCCCGGUGGCAGACAGUGAGCAGCUAGUGGGCUCUAGUGUCCUUGAGAAUCUGCCUUACCUUCGCGCGGUAGUCAAAGAGAGCCUGAGGAUGAGCAUGGGAGUUCCGGGGAGGAUGGGACGAGUCGUGCCCGAUGGAGGCGCAGUGCUUUGCGACCAACGAAUUCCUGCAGGAGUUGGAGUCACCAGUGUCUCUUACUGCUACCAUUACGACCCAGUGUAUUUCCCGGCGCCGAACGAAUUUCGCCCCGAACGCUGGCUAAGCCCGGAUGGCCAGCAACUCGAAACGCGACUCAUCGCCUUCUCGCGUGGGCCAAGAUCGUGCAUCGGCAUCAACCUCGCUUAUGCCGAGUUGUAUCUGGUCCUGGGGUACGUGUUUCGCAAGUUCGACUUGGAGGCUUUUGAGACCACCCAGCAGGACAUGGAGUGGAAGGAUACCUUUGUGGUAAUGACCAAGGGCCACUUGAGGGUCAAAUUGAGGAGGGUAGUUGAUGCUGGUGACGAUGACAAUAAAGAGGUGGUCUAG